GCAAGGUGUGUCUCCUCAGCAGCGUGCGUCAGUGAGCCUGAAGGCUCCACACUGGUGCUGAGACAGGAUGAAGAGGUUUAGGCGACAUGGCCAGGAGUCCCAGAGAGAUCGACUCAAACAGGAACUCUUCCAGUUCAACAAGGCAAUGGAGCAUGGUUUCCCCCACCAGCCCAGUGCUUUGGGCUACAGUCCAUCCCUGCAGCUUCUGGCCAUCGGCAACCGCUCCGGGGCCAUCAAACUGUAUGGAGCCCCAGGCGUGGAGUUCAUGGGUCUACAUGAUGAGAAUGCUGCCGUCACCCAGGUGCACUUCCUCCCCCACCAGGUUGAAUUGGUGACUUUGCUGGAUGACAACAGUCUGCACAUGUGGACUUUAAGAGCCCACAAGGGACUGUCAGAGCUCCUGGAGAUAGGACGCUUCAUGCCGGGACCACCUGGUGCUCCUCCAAGUGUGACCAGAGUGACAGCAGUGCUGGCCCACUCCUCAGGGGACCUGCUGCUGUUGGGCACGGAGGGAGGACAUGUCUUUGUAGUUGAAGUCCCCGGGUUCAGAGAGCUUGAAGAGAGGAACAUCAGUCUCGACCAAGUCGCCAGCAGUGUACCAGAUGACUACAUCGGCCGGAGGAAUCUGGAACAUGUAGAGGCCUUACAGGAGAACCCAGUCAACCCAAACCAGGUUGUUAUAGGUUAUGGGCGAGGUCUUAUGGUCAUAUGGGAUCUGGAGAAACAGUGUGCCAUCCAGCACAUCCCUGCCACACAGCAACUAGAGAGUGUGUGGUGGACAGAGGAUGGGAGCUACAUUCUCAGUUCACACAGUGAUGGAAGUUACUGUCGGUGGAUGGUGGGUGGAGAGGAUGUGAAUGAGGAGGAGGAGAAAUCAGACAUUCCUUAUGGACAUUUCCCCUGCAAGGCCAUCUCUAAAAUUGUUCAGUUACCUACAGUAGAAGGACCUCCGUUCCUGCUGUUCAGUGGUGGCAUGCCAAGGGCCAGUUAUGGGGACAGACACUGUAUCACAGUGAUCCACAGUAAAACACAUGUGGCUCUGGACUUCACCUCCAGGAUCAUUGACUUCUUUGUCAUCAGAGACGGAGACACAGGAGAUCCCAGUGCACUUGUGGUCCUGGUAGAGGAGGAGCUGGUAGUGAUUGACCUGCAGACAGAAGGCUGGCCGGUCAUUCAGACACCGUACCUGGUUCCCCUCCACAGCUCAGCCAUCACCUGCUCCCACCACAUCUCUGCCAUCCCCCUCAAACUGUGGGAAAGAGUCAUCGCUGCUGGAGAGCUGCAGAACACACACUAUUCAAAAAAGCCGUGGCCGAUAACAGGAGGCCAGAACCUGGCCUCAGAUCCUCCACAGAGAGACCUGCUGCUCACAGGACAUGAGGAUGGCACAGUGUGUUUCUGGGAUGCAUCAGGAGUCUGUCUAUAUCCCAUGUACAAGUUAAGCACAGCUGGAGUGUUCCACACAGACACUGACCCCAAUGACAACAUGAACCAAGGCACAGAAGGAGAGUGGCCGCCAUUCAGAAAGGUUGGCUGUUUUGACCCGUACAGUGAUGACCCGAGGCUUGGCAUUCAGAAGAUCCAUCUUUGUAAAUACAGUGGUUAUUUGACUGUGGCUGGUACUGCUGGACAGAUCCUGGUGCUGGAACUGAACGACGAGGCAGCAGAGCAGACCGUGGAGGCUAAAGUUGUGGACUUGCUGCAGGGCCAAGAAGGAUUCCGCUGGAAGGGCCACACGCGGCUGGAUAUGCGAGAAGAGCCAGUGCUGUUUCCUCCAGGCUUCCAGCCCUUUGCGCUGGUCCAGUGCCAGCCUCCUGCUGUGGUCACCGCCCUCACACUGCACUCAGAGUGGAAGCUGGUAGCUUUUGGCACCAGCCAUGGUUUUGGCCUAUAUGAUUACCAACAGAAGAACAACGUCUUCGUCAAGUGUACCUUAAACCCCAGUGACCAGCUUGCCAUGGAGGGUCCUCUGUCCAGGGUAAAGAGCAUAAAGAAAUCUCUCCGACAGUCCUUCAGGAGAAUCAGACGCAGCAGGGUCUCACUAAGGAAACAUCAUGUCAACAAUGCUGCAAAGCUUCAGGAUGCAAAUGCUCGUCUGGAGGCUGAGCUGGCAGAAAUGGAGCUGGCUCCUGUCCAGAGGAAGAUCGAGGCUCGCUCCUCAGACGACUCCUUCACUGGUCUCGUACGGACGCUGUACUUUGCUGACACCUUCCUCUCGGACAGUUCACACAACACACCCUCCCUAUGGGCAGGGACAAAUGGCGGCUGUGUGUUUGCAUACAUGCUCCGCCUUCCCGCUGUAGAGCACAGAGCAGACGAACCUAUCACAGCACAGCCGGCUAAGGAGAUCCAACUAAUGCACCGGGCUCCUGUUGUUGGCAUAGUGGUGUUGGACGGUCACGGUGCUCCUCUCCCUGAACCCCUGGAAGUAGCACAUGACCUGGCUCGCUCACCUGACAUGCAGGGAUCACACCACCUUCUGGUCAUAUCUGAGGAACAGUUUAAGGUUUUCACCCUGCCUAAGGUGAGUGCUAAGAUGAAGCUGAAGCUGACAGCCGUGGAUGGCUCCAGAGUUCGGAGGGUAGGCGUUGCCUGGUUCGGCAGCAACCGGUCAGAGGACUAUGGUGAGAGUGGCCUUAUGGUUCUGACCAAUCAGGGCGACGUCCAUGUGGUGUCCCUGCCCACAGUGAAGAUGCAGGUUCAGUACCCAUGCAUCCGCCGUGAGGACGUCAGCGGCAUCGCUUCUUGUGUCUUCACCAAGCACGGCCAGGGCUUCUACCUGAUCUCUCCAUCUGAGUUUGAACGGUUCUCUUUGUCCACCCGCCACCUGGUGGAGCCACGCUGUCUGGUAGAGGUUCCUCCUCAUUCAGGCACCUCCACCCAAAACAGGCGACCACCUGAUGGAGCUUCAUCUGCUCAUGGGGAUCAAGGACAAGACCGUGAGGAUGCAGAAAGCGCAGCUAGACGUGUUAUGGAGCAUGCUUUGCUGAAUGACGAGAAAGUACUUCAAGAGAUCCAGAAGUCACUAGAAGGAGACCAGAUGUCGUUGCUGGAGAAUAAUGUGAAGAGUGCUGUAGCUUGAGGGACACUGGUUGACAGUGGAGGUGAGAGGUGGCACAUAUCACUAACUGCUGUGUCACUGACAGUUUUGGAAUCAACAUACAGUAAUGUCAGUCCUAGCGUCUUUCUGUUGUGUCCCCUCAGAGAGAACUGAUUUGUUGAUGUGUAUGAAGCAUACUGCAGUUCUGUAGCCACAACCACUACUAUCCCCUGACCCCUCUCCUCAAUGACUGACCUCCCCACUGACUCUUAGCUCACCUUGGCCCCUCGUAGAGAGACACCAAAGGGCUCUCAGCAUUAGUGCGCUCAGAGCACCACAAAGCUGUUUAAAGACUAACCGUGCAGACAGAGGUUGAAGGAAGAGACACCACCUGUGCCUAAAGACCACUCACUGUACACAGAUCAUCACAGCAUGGUCACAGCCAUUAAACCCAAAGCUACAUGAAGUACAUUCCUGACCUGUGACCAGUGCCAUAAAUCAUCGAUGCCAGCAUCAGCCCAGCAUCCAACAUCUGCCACUGAUGCCAUUUGUCCAGGCUGUUUGACUUGAAUGCAUCAUUCUUAAAGGCUUAAUCACCACCAGUCCUCUCAUGUGGACUCUGCCAGUGGAAACGGUUUGUCCACCCUGCUGUGUGUCUCACUGGCCUUCAUCUCCCCACACAAAUGUACAGCUGGAAGGAAUGGGGGGGUGGGGGGGAGGGGGGUGUUAUUUGAAUAAUGAAGAUGAAAAUAUUUUGUAACUGAAUUUUAUGUCAUUUGUGCCUCUUUGUUUAUUUGAGCUUCAGAUUUAUACUGUGGAGCGUAUUUCUGCCAAGAAAAGAGGAAAAAAUAAUGAAGUUUGGCAUGAUUACAUUUUUUUGUCACGGUGAGUAAGAGUAUGAGAUAUUGGAUCAAAGAACAGGAUACCCUCGUCAAACUUAUGAGAUAAUAAACAAAAUUAUGAUAUACUAAGCAACACAUUUAAAAAAAAAGAGAGAUACCAAGUUAAAAUUAACUUGGCAAUGCAUUAUUAGCAUUUCAUCACAUCAACCAUUUGUAUUCAAAUAUCAUACUCACUACUUGACUAAGUUUGACUUACAAUAUCAUUUUGACUUUGUCAUGACUUUUACAUAUUGUCUCCUAAUUGUGAGUACAAAUUUUGAGUUUAGCAAUCUUCACUCUGAUCUAAACUUUGAUGUGCUGGCUCAUAAUUUUGACAUUGGAAAGUUCUCUCAUAGCAUGUUAAUUUUUGACAUUCCUUACAUUUCAUCUUUUUUCUUCUUUUUUUUGGCAUAAAUUAGCUUCUGUACUUUUAAGAUAAACUGUCGAGGGAAAAUGUUUUUAAUGAUCCCCCAGAAGAGAAGAAAAAAAAAAACAAAUGUUUUAUGCAUGUUGAACCACACUGUUACUUUUUUAAUUUUUCUGUCAUAAUUUACUAAAUUAGUAAUAACAUUACUGUAUUGUACCACUGUAUACUGCUGACACAGGCCUUUCCCCUUCCCAUCCACUUUUAUUCCAUGAUAAUAACUGGCCAUAGGUACUUCUCCACUACUGCGGCGCUCACAAUGCUGUACUUUUUGGGGGGAUUUCUAUGGGGUUUGGUUUUCAGUUAUUUUUAUGUAAACCAUUUUUUUACACCAGCAAUGAAUAAUGUAAUUUAGGAAUGUAAUUGUAAGCUAUUGUAGUGAAAUGUUUUUAAUAUAUACAGUAUAUAUGUGCCCACUGUACCUGUGGGCCUGUUAUAACUGGGGUUGGCUGCUACUUAGAUCAUAUAAGGAAAUAUUUUGGUACUGUGUCUCAGAAUGCUGGGUAUUUUAGCAUCAACCUAGAAUAUAUUUUUGUAGUGAACUGAUUAAGAAUUCUUUUUUUUUUUUUUUUUGAUUUGUAACUACACACUACACUUUCUUGUGGAUAAUUAUUACAUGUCUUUUCCCAAGAA